GGGCUAAUGUAAGGACCUCUUCGAUUGAUGUUUUCAUUUUUGUGCUGUGUUAAAUUAAAUUAAAGUUCUUUGCAUUUGAUUUGAACAUUUAUACGAGAUAUUAAAUGCAUUUGGUUUGGAUGGGUGUAAUCUAAAAGUGGUUUAAACUUCAAUGAUAUCGGAAUCCCUCCUUAGAGACAUCGAUUAAUAAAAUGGGUGCAUUUACAAGUCGUCAACAAAAUGAGCAAGAAGCGGAACAAAACGCCAACACUCAUGCAUACAAGUACCCUCCUAGGUCGGGAAAUAAUUUCUUUGGUAGCCAUUUCAUUAUGGGAGGCGAACGAUUUGAUACUCCCCAACCAGAGUCAUAUUUGUUUGGUGAAAAUGCUGACUUGAAUUUUUUGGGUAACCGCCCGACUGCAUUUCCAUACCCGCCGCCCCAGGCCAAUGAACCAACCAAGACUUUGAAGAGUUUGGUCAAUAUACGCAAAGAAUCGGUCCGUUUUGUGAAGGUGACAAAAGAAAAACAAGUUGAGGUAGACCAACAUGAUGGCAACUGCUUAAGUGGAGAGGCCUUGGAUCCGCCGCCAUGUUUGUACAACAUUGAGUUCACAUUUGACUCGGACGCGAAAUGCGCAAUUACCAUAUAUUAUUUUUGCAGUGAAGAAGUUAGCCCCAGUGGGGUAACACUUACCCCUCGUGAUGGCUUGACUUCGGAAACGUAUCACUACGAAAAGGGCAUCAAUCAGUAUUUUUCCCAACCUAGUCAUGUUUUCAAUCCCCAGCUAAUUCCGGAGGAUGAUUUGAUUUACAAUCCAAGCAAGGAACAAUAUCCUGUAGCUAUCCAUUGUGUAGUUGAAGAGGGUAAUGAGGAUUAUCGGCAGAGCCAUACAACAAUUCUUUGUAUUGACCAUCAUCCGGAAAGCAAUAGCUACGUGUUGCGGGCUUUGAAGCAGAAAAUAUUUGUUGAUGGUCUGUGCUAUCUGUUGCAGGAAAUCUAUGGCAUUGAGAACAAGGCUAUUAAUAAGAGUUCCAUCGAUGAAGAUUUGGAUGACCACGGCAGUGAAUGUGUUAUUUGCAUGAGCGAAACCCGUGACACACUGAUAUUGCCUUGUCGUCAUCUAUGCUUGUGUUACUCUUGCGCUGAUUCGCUACGUUAUCAGGCAAAUUGUUGUCCCAUAUGCCGAGCUCCUUUCCGGGCAUUGCUGCAAAUAAGAGCUGUUCAAAAGGGUGUAAAUAAUCAUGUUUUGCAUCAGAACACUCCGACUUCGGCUGCUGGUGAACCAUUGGCCUGUGAACAUCAGGUUCCAGCUGGAUUUAUACCAGUGUCCUUGAUAGAGGCUCUGAAUGGACCACCACAAUAUGUUGGCACUCGUCGUGGUGUGGGUGAUGGAAACGAUAUGAUAGAUGGCAGUGGGGCUAUUAUCAAUGGCACAUCUUCGGAACAUCACAAGGCCACAUCGCCAUAUAAGCCAUCUUCACAGAGACGCUCAAAGGGCAAAAAGAAUGCUUCAACUUCCACAAAUUCCAAAGAAAUGUCAACAAUGACUAAUAAUGCCACUCAAUCCAAUGGUGGUAAGGACAAUGACAAUGAUGAAAGUGUUGUAGACGGAAAAUCGGUCGACAAGCGUUCUUCCCAAGACAAACUGCAAAUUGUGAAUGAACGCCAUAGUUUGAAGGUACCAAAAUCGUCACAUAAGCGCCAUUCCAAAAGCACACCCAAUCCGGAAAUGACAUCUACAGCCACAUCCAUGCAUGACGAAGUUGAAGAUGACAGUGAAAAUGAAAAGCUAUCCCCUUUGCUUUCACCAGGUAGCAAAUGUAAACCAAUUCCACACCAAUUAUCAAAAACAUUAUCCACAACAUCAGAUAAUGAUGAUGUCGAUGCAGAUGAAGAGGAAGAACAAAAUUCUAUGAUUUCUGAGCCUAAAGUAGAAUUUAAAACGAAGAAAAGUACAUCAUUCAAGAAACACAAGAAAGCAGUCGACAACAAAUUAUCAACUUUGAAUAUAAAUAAUGGAGCUUCGGAAGCGAUCGCAGUAAUGCCUGUCGUUACAAGCAAUACAGUAAUGCCACAGGCCGCAACUGCCAAAGCAAUGGGAGAAGAUACCGAUUAUUAUACCCCAGAAGAUGGGCAAAAUGGAAUUUUAAGCCCCUUAUGUCCAGAUAAAUCGAAAACUAUAUCCGGAGCUGGGGAGAAACUUAAAAGUUCUUUGGCAAAGAAGAAUUUACACAAGAAAUCUACAUCAGUGGGAAAUAUUGUUGGUUCUGGAGCAUCUGGAGUGGGGGGUGCAACGGCUUGUUCGACGGGAGCUGUUGAUAUGAAAGGAAACAAUGUUAGUUCUUUGCCUGACAUGCUGGACAGUCCUGUGAGUGCAACCUCUGCCUCUACCCGAAGUUCCAGUGACAGUUAUUCAUCGAGUUCAUCAACAAAACAGCUGCUAAGUUCAAAUCCUAACACCGCAGCUGCAGCAAAUAUUAUCGUCGAUGAUAAAACAUCUCUACAGAACGCAGUUAAUGUUUAGACCCACAUACAUACGUAUAUACUCGAUUUUUAGACUAAUCUACACAUUUAUAUGCACUAUUAAUGCAUUGAUCUUAUAAAGAUAAGUACAUUUGUUGAUUGUUUUUGUGUAUGUCAUCGAUGGAGUUGCUUUACUAUCCAUAUCAUUAUCAGACUUUCAUUGCUUUCUUCACAUUUGGAUAAUUUUUGUUUUAAUUUGUGGUCUCUCAAAACGAAGGAGAAAUGCUACAGUCUUCGAAAGUCUGCUUUGUUAGUGCAAUACGUCGCAUACAGCAUAAUGCUCCACAAUAAUACUUAAAAUAUCAGACAGAAAAAAAGCACUCAAAAUAAAUUAGCCAAAGAGCUCUCGGUUAACGAUUUGGACAAACGAAACGAAGAACUGAAGACUCAUGUUUCCUGCUAAACAUAGUUGUUUUCAAAAAAAUAUUAAGAACAAAAAUGUUGGCUCUCUAAGAAAGCAGAAAGUCUCAAUGCACUAGGCAAAAACGCAACUACCAGUAGGAGAGGAGGCUGUCUGAAACUCUUAUGUUCAAUGUGUCCUCUAUUUACAAUUUGGGUCUAAAUCGUGUUGCUCCCAAUUGGUGUCUCACCUUAAUCCUCUCGUUAACCUGGCCUGAAUUGGCUGACUGAACAGUGCUCUCAAAUGUCAGAAUUUCUCCCAGGUCCGUCUGGUUCCCUAUUUUUCCCCUUCUAUCGUUUCUGCUACCUUUUGCACCUUACUAUGUAUGGUAUAUGGCUAUCUGCUUUCUUUGUCUUCCUUUUCUCUUUUGCAUUAUUCUAGGAUGAAAAGAGAAGGCUUUAGUUUUUGAGUUUUAUUGAAAAUAAAUCACCAGAUCAUUAGACAUAUGCCUUGCAACCACCGGUAGACGUUUCGGAGUUGGCUGGGCUCCAUUCUCAAAACACUUGACUUGUCGUGGCUCCCGGUUAUGUAAACAUAUGUUUGCUGCAUUUAACAUAUGAAAAGCAGACAUCCACAGAGAUUCAUACUGGUAUAAUAUCUCGGACGAAUAUUUUGUGUGCAGUUUAAUAAAGUUUCUGGAUAGUGCUCCAUACAUACAAAUUUAACUAUUUGUUAUUAUAUACGACUUAUUUUUUUUUUUUAAUUUUAUAUUUACAAUUUUCUUUUUGUCUGUCUCAACAAUUGGCUUUGGUGAUUUUCCUUAGUUUUUAAGCUUAAAUAAAACAGCAUUUGCAACUAAGAACUUUGAAGUCUCACAUGUUUAUUGUACAGUGCUUCCCAAAACAUUUACAACCACCAGAGAAAAAGAAGAAUUGUAAUAUACAUGGCUUGGUUAAAGGACACUCGCCUGGCAACAACAGUAGUCAACCACUUCACUAGGAGAUCUCUGGUUUAUUGUGUUCGGCUUAGAAACAAAUAAAAUAAGAGAGAGACGAAAGCUGGUAGGAAACGACAAAGAUAAACAUAAAGCCGUCAUAGAGACAGAAAAAAGUCUCACCGUCUAGAGAACCGCCUCGUCAGCCAUGCCAGGUCCUUACAGAAGUCCAGAGUGACUCGGAGGUCAAAAGACUGCAGAAAGCUCAGUUAAGAGAAGAGGUAAAUUGCAAAUUUUGCCCAUGAACAUUCCACUAAAAAACAGUGGCAAAUUUCUCACAUAUCAAUAAGUGCAGUCCGAUUCAAGUUUAAGCUCAAUGAAAAGGGGCCUCCUUUUUUUAGCCGAGUCCGAACGGUGUGCCACACCUCUUUGGAGAGACGUUUUUACAUGGCAUAGUACCUCACACAAGUUGUCAGCUAACCUCUGCGCUACGAUGGCGAUGAGAAGAGGUGUUUACCCAUAAUUCCAUGCCUUCUCCCAGCCAUUGCAGUGCAUUAGCACAACAGGUGCUCCACCGUCUCCAACUCCCCCUCAUCCCCACAGACCCUGGAGAAAACCACCGCGCAUAAUCCAAGGUAGCGCUUCCGAAAUCCUCGUUCCGGUGAAACCCCGGUCACAGGGCCUUGAUAACCCUGCACCACUCAACACCAGCCCUCGCCCAGUAUGCGCCUUUGCCGUUGAAGGCAUCCACCAUUUCAAUGGCAGCCGGUUGUACGUACCGGAUUGACACGAUGGAUUCCUUCAUCGGCAAAGGCUGCCGCCUCAGUGUACAACACUGCUACAACAACAACAACCAUUCCAAAUAGCCUACUCAGAGGAGGGCUCAACAUCGGCGUAGCCCAGCUGCUAUCCAAAUCUGGCCGGCACAUCGGCCCGGAACCCAGCACGAUCUGACAGCAGCCCCCGCAGCCAGGACCUUCACGAUAACUGACUGUCCACAUAAAUUGUGACAGUCCCAGAGGGCCGCAGGUCUUGGCUCAGGAUCACAUCCAAAUACUUCAGCCUGAAAGACACAUCACCCGUUCUCGAAUACUGAGUACCUAUGAUGCUCGAUAUGACAAGGCGAGUUAAUUGCGCAUUUAAAUAAGCAAUGGCCACCCUGUUCCCGCGGCGAUCGGUCCUUUGGACCGGAACGAACUUGCUCACCUACAGAAAUUUGACGAGGAUCGCCACCACCGCAUGAAAAUGUGGCUACAACGACGAAGAAUAUGGCAACGUCAUCAGCAUGGGCAACCAUCUUCACUCAUUCCUCCCUGAAGGACCUGAGAAUACCAUUGACAACCAAGAGCCACAAGUGAGGUCAUAGCUUGGCAGUUGUUGUUGUUUUAUGUUGUUUUAGCAGUGUGUUAUACACUGAGGCGGCAGCCCUUGUCGAUGAAGCUCCAUCGGGUCAAUCCGGUACGUACAACCGGCUGCCAUGGGAUUGAUAGCUUGGCAGUAGUCCGCCUCAGUUUCCCAUUCGACCAAACAGGCUGCGACCCCUUAUCUUGAAAGUGCAGUUCUCCUCAAAGUUGCUCACAAUAGCCAAUGCUAACGCGUUCGCCAUCAACUCAAGCUCCCUUGUACUACCAAGUACGGUGUUAAUGGUUCGAAGCAUUAGAUCGACGCGCUUGACAUGGCAGUCCAAGUAAUAUACGUACAUUUUUUUCUCAUGUAAAAAGGAACUUUGCAAUGUUGAAAGAAUUCAACUAUUUCGAUUUAAUUGGCAUUUAUUAUUAUUAUUUUUUUUUUUUUUAAUUUUUACUUAACAUAGAUACAUCAAUGCCAAUGGACUCCUACAAUAAUUGUUCGGGCUGCGAAAAAAUUUUUUUUGUCCGAUUUAUAUUUAAAUCCUUCAAUAAAGUGCCUCAUGUAUGAGGAUAUUUCUUAUAGUUUGCAAGAUAUAACCCUUGCAAACUGUACCGGAUCGGUCCAUAACCUGAUUUACCAAUCUCUCGAUUUGACUUCUUGAGCCUCUAGAGGGCGUCAUUAUUAUCCGAUAUAAAUAUAUUUGAAAAAGUCAUUCAAAGAACUUGUCACAUGGCGGUGGCCGAACUUUUUUAGGUUUUUCUGAAACGUCUGUGGGUGUAUGCAAAUGUUUUGAGCAUCACUGUAUAUAUGAGUUAUAUGCGUGUAUUAUGUAUAUUAUUUAUAAAACUCUUAUAUUAAAUGCUUAUUACUUGUCAGUAAACAAAAUAUUCAAUAAACGUUGUCUCUAUGUCUUAUAUACUUACGGUUUGAAAAAUAUAAGUUUGCUUCAUACCCAUUUUUUUCACAAAUCACAGCAAACCCUUCGCAUUUCAGAUAAUGAAUGAACAAGCAAAUCCAUGAAACAAUAUGAACAAACCUAUAAGCGUUUAAAUUAAAAGAAGUAAAUAAUGCAAUUAAAUAAAAUCUAUUCCACAACUAUACAAUAUAUAAAUAAA